AUGGACCUCGCGCUCACCACCCUCGAUGCUCUUCGCCAAAUCUUUGAGUUGCGUGAUGCCAUUCGUCGCCAACGCCACGAGAACCGGAAGACUUAUCUGCGGAUGAUGGAGAUCUACGUCGAGCUUCAACUGUCGCCACCUCUUCAAGAGAACCCCACCCUGCAACGAGCAAAAGCCGUCCAGAGGUUUGUGACUGCGGUGGACUCGUUCUCGAAGUAUCUGCAAAAGUAUUAUGACAUGCACCGAGUUGUUCGGAUGUUUAAACAUGUCAAAAUGGAGGAAAAACGACAGAAAAUCGCCUCCGAAAUCGACGAACUCUUCCGAAUGCUGAACCUCGCUGCGACUGUGACGGCGAUGAACGCACAAGCUACGGCUUCCAGUAACGCGGCGAAACUCUUUGCUAAGCUUGAAAAUAUGCACGGUGAUAUCCGACUUAGUCACGACCAAAUCCACGCUGCACUCCUUGCGGACAGGCAACAACUUGAACUAGUCAAGAAGAAGAAGGUGGUGAAUGAACGGGGGCCUACAGUUGAGAAGUUCGCUGCCAUCGAGGUGGGGGAGGUCCGUCAACCAUCCUUCGUGGAGACGGAUACACCCGCUGUCACUGACGAGAAGCCCGCGUUGAAGUAUAUCGAGGAGAAUCCGACAGCUGAAACGAAGCUUGACGAUGAGUUGGAAGAGAAGGCAUUAACUGAUGAGGCUACAUUGAUGCAGGUAAUGGCAGAGGUUGGAGGAAGUGACAUGGACGAGAAUGCAGAUACCGAGAUUGAGGAGAAGGUGCUGAACUCUGCAUCGAGCCAAAGCACUGCUAACGUGGUGAUUGGUGCGAAUGUGCUGGCCGUUCCAAAAGUUGAGUUAGCCGAAUUGAAGCAGACAAGUGCGGGCGAUGACGCAGAGGACAAGACACCAACCGGUGAGGAGCCAGCGUUGAUGGAAAACGUUGUCGAUCAGGUGGACAAGGAGAAGGAGGCGGCUCCGCAGUCUCCACUGUCUUCGUCUACUCCUAUUGAUGAGUCAUCAGUUCCACGACUAAUUCAGUUACUUGGAUCGGAUCAAACAACAGAGCAGCAAAAGGAACGAGCUCUGCUGCAUCUCAUGAGCAUGUGCGUCACCAGCAGCAACCGCGUCCAAGUCUACAAAACCAAGGGGAUUCCUGUACUCACGGACUUGGUCCACAACUCCGACAACUUCUUCACUCAGCUCUACGCUCUGCACUGUCUGAGCUGGUUCACCUUCUCCUAUUCCAAGAUGAGCGAAUCCGCUUUCAUGAAGCUGCAAGAGUGUGCUCGAGAGCCAACGCACUCGGAAAUCCUAUCAAUCUUACACGAACUGCAGUACGGGGACGACAAGACGAAAGAAGUCGCAGCACUGCAAUGCUCCUGCUUGGCUACACGUGGAGACGGAGACACUCUGCGUCGCGUUGGAGUGUUGCCUCUACUGGUUCGUCUUCUGUCUGGCGGCACCGCAAACCAACAGCUCUGGGCAUCUGAAGCCUUGGUGACUCUCGCUAGUGACAGCGACGAGACCUGCGUGGCAAUCACACGUGAAGGAGCCAUCCCACCGCUGGUUGAGCUGUUGCGUUCUGGCUCGGACAUGCACAAACAGGAAGCCGCCUACGCUCUGGGAAAUCUGGCUGCGAACAACCCAGUGAACCGAGCUAAAAUCGCUCGUGAAGGCGCCAUCCCUCCCCUCGUGGCGUUUGUGAAGGCUGCGACGGAUGCUCUGAACCAAUGGGCUGUAUAUGCUUUGGGCUUUCUGUCACUUAGCAACGAAGAGAACCGCGUGCUGAUCGCUCAAGAAGGCGCCAUUCCUGCUCUAGUUGAACUACUGCGCACAGGAACGCGAGCUCAAAAGCAGUGGAGUGC